CAUUUUCAUGCUGAUGCUGGUUGUUGCUCGCUGUGCUUCCUGACCUCUUCUACUGCCCUUGCUCAGCCUUCAAUUCCUCCACCAUGGCCACUCCUAGGCUUCCUUUCCUCUAUCCGAACCUGAUGCGAGCGGUCCGAUCAUGCGAACCCACGACCCACCGCUCCAUUCGCGCUCCAUACUCCAGCUCCCAGCAAGCCCCCUUCCACACUGCCAGAAGAUACGCCCCAGAAACCUACCAUCGACGAUACGGACCUGCCGCAGAAGCCAACCUCCCGCCCCCCUUGAAGCCCAAAGACGGUUCCUCUGAGAAACAGGCUCCCGCAUCCCCAGGCCAGGAAACAAGCACUUCGAACCCUGCCCCGCAAGAACAGUCAUCGCCCGAGGAGGACAAGACCCAAGCUUCUGAGGUCGUUCCUCCCCAACCUGAAGACAAAGCCACGAAAUCGAAACAGCCCAGUGAAAGCAGUGCGACUCCAGUGAAGGCGGAGCUGGAACCGACGCCAAAACCCAAGAAAGACACUGAGCCCACGAUCUCCGACCUCCAAGACACCGCCUCUAGUAAAGAGGCAGUCCCCAUACUCUCCUCCAACAGCAGCAGCAGCAGCAACAAUACCAAUACUAGCAAUAAUGAACGCCACUCGCUCGAGGAAACACCGUUCAACCCGCACAUCCUCAAGCAGAAUCCGCUGGAGGGCGUCCUCCAUAUGCCGUCCCCGUCCUCCUACCUGACAACGGGCGGCGGCGCCGCCCCUGACCCGACGAGCAACCCCCCGAACCUCUCUCCGGCCCCUUACGUGCACUACUUCGACACCUACUCGCUGGUGCGGGACCUCUCCAAGAGCGGCUUCUCCGACGAGCAAUCCAUCACGAUCAUGAAGGCCGUCCGCAGCAUCCUCCAGAGCAACCUCGACCUCGCGAAACAGAGCCUGACCUCCAAGUCCGACGUGGAGAACGAAUCCUACCUGUUCCAGGCGGCGUGCUCGGAGCUCCAGUCCUCGCUGCAGAUGGCCCGGGGCUCCGAGAUGCAACGGCAGCGCGCGUCCCGGACCCAGCUGCAGCACGAGGCGGACAUCCUCUCGCAGCGAUUGAACCAGGAACUCGCCGGGCUGAAGGACGACAUCAAGGGCAUGUUCAAUGACCACAAGAUGUCGACGCGCGAGCAGCAGCGCAACAUCGAUACCUCCGUGCAGGAGCUCAACUAUAAGAUCACGGUGUCGUUGAACAGUGAUGGCAAGAGCGAGAUCGAGGGCCUGCGGUGGAUCCUGACCAGGCGAGCCGCGAUGGCCAUCGCCAUUAGUGCUUUCAUGAUCAUCCUUUUCCUCAAGUACUACUCCGUCCGCAAAAGCGAAGAGAAGAGCAAGAAGAAAGCUGACAAGCCGCCUAACGAGGCCAAGGAGAGUCGGGUCAUCACUCCGGACCCCGUCCGCAAGCCCAAGUCGACCCCGGCCCCGACCAUGAUCCAUCUGGGCGAGUCUCUGGGUUAAGUGAACCGCAGCUUGCCCAGAACUCGAAUCUCACCAGUGCCUCUAUUUGACACACCCUUUAUCUCCCCUGUAUAACCACCUUUCCCGCUUCAUAGACUUCCCCCUCCCUCUCUUGGCGGCGGGUCUCACGGAUGACUGACCUGAUCGACCAAACUUGACUGUUUCCAUAUCCAUAUCAGAUUCUCCUUGCUUCCGUGAUCUUGCCUUAGACAUAUACAUACUCGUCCUGUCCUUUCCCCAACUGGCCAACCGCUACUACGCCGCUGACUCAUGUCGAUACCCCCUCCCCACCCUCACUUUCUCCCUUUCCUUCACACUGAUUCACACCCAAAUAGCCCGAUUGAGC